CUCUUCUACCCCCUUAACAGACUGAUAAUCACACUCUGCCUGCUAGCAACAGCGACCCUUCCAUCUAUAUAUACACAUUAUCCUGACUUCUUCAAGUCCCAUCAUUAUCAGCUUCAUUUGCAUAUUCAUAUCUGUCAAAAAUGGUGAAAAGUAUCAGAAGGGACGUGUUCGUCGCGUUUCUGUGUCUUGUUGUUUGUCUUUCUGCAGCUGAAGCUGCCAUUAAGACCUACCAGUUUGAUAUUCAAGAGAGUAAUGUGAGUAGGCUGUGCCAUGCAAAACCUAUUGUGACUGUUAAUGGGAUGUUUCCAGGGCCUACCAUUUAUGCCAGAGAAGGAGACAGAGUUCGUAUCAAUGUUACUAACCAUGCACAAUACAACAUUUCCAUUCACUGGCAUGGACUGAAACAGUAUCGUAACGGUUGGGCUGAUGGACCGGCUUAUAUAACGCAAUGUCCGAUCAAAACCGGGAAUAGUUAUGUGUAUGAUUUCAAUGUGACGGGCCAAAGAGGGACAUUGUGGUGGCAUGCACACAUUCUAUGGCUAAGGGCAACGGUGUAUGGUGCAAUUGUGAUCAUGCCACAACAAGGAACCCCCUUCCCUUUCCCUCAACCCGAUAGAGAGGAAGUAAUUGUACUCGGAGAAUGGUGGAAUGCAGACGUUGAAGCUGUGGAGAAUCAAGGCAACCAAUUGGGUUUGCCCCCAAACAUGUCCGAUGCUCACACCAUCAAUGGAAAACCGGGACCUCUGUUUCCAUGUUCUGAGAAACAUACAUUUGCAAUGGAGGUUGAACAAGGAAAACUAUAUAUGCUCAGAAUCAUCAACGCUGCGCUCAACGACGAGCUAUUUUUUGGGCUUUCCGGUCACAGCAUGACCGUGGUAGAAAUCGACGCAGUCUACACGAAGCCGUUCUCGACGAACGCCAUACUAAUCGCGCCGGGACAGACAACCACCGUUCUGGUUCGCACUAACCAGAUCCCCGGCAGAUAUUUCAUGGCCGCCAGGCCAUUUAUGGACGUUCCGAUUCCGGUGGACAAUAAAACAGCCACUGCCAUAUUCCAAUACAAAGGCAUCCCGGACACAAUCUUACCGACACUCCCUCUUCUCCCGGCUCCCAACGACACCAAUUUCGCCAUGAGCUAUAACGCCAAGCUUAGAAGCCUUAACACUCCCAAUUUUCCAGCCAACGUUCCCCUGAACGUCGACAGGCAUAUGUUCUUCACAAUCGGUUUGGGGGUUAAUCCUUGUCCGACCUGCUUGAAUGGUACAAAAUUGGUGGCUUCCUUGAACAACAUUUCCUUUGUGAUGCCGGAAACCGCCCUUCUCCAAGCUCAUUACUUCGACAUGAACGAUGUGUACACUUUAGAUUUCCCGGACAAGCCUCCGACUCCGUUUAACUACACCGGCGCGCCGCUCACCGCGAAUCUCCGGACGGUUCGAGGGACAAGGCUCAGCAAGAUUGCCUUCAACUCUUCUGUUGAGUUAGUUAUACAAGACACCAACCUCCUGUCAGUUGAAUCGCACCCUUUCCAUCUCCAUGGCUACAACUUCUUUGUAGUUGGAACAGGUGUUGGGAAUUUCGAUCCCGCUAAGGAUCCUGCAAAUUACAACCUCGUUGAUCCUCCAGAAAGAAACACCGUUGGUGUUCCUACCGGUGGUUGGGCUGCUAUUCGAUUCAGAGCUGAUAAUCCAGGGGUGUGGUUUUUCCACUGCCAUUUGGAGCUUCAUACAGGGUGGGGGCUGAAGACAGCGUUUGUAGUAGAAGACGGACCGGGUUCUGAUCACAACAUUCUACCUCCGCCGGCGGAUCUUCCACCGUGCUGAUGAUACUAAACGACGGGGAUUAUUCUGUAUCAUACAUGUUUGAGACA